CGUGCAACCCUCACCACCACGACUGGACACCGAGGCGGCAUGUGGUGGUAUACCAGAGCCGCGUGGCUGGCAUUGCUAGUGUUGCCAGCUGCGUGCAAGGAACUCGACGGGACACCACGUGUUGAUGUCGAGGAACUGCCUCAGGCCCAGGAGGCGGAUCUCAACUACGACGACUACAACCCUUUCGAUGAAGACGACAACGCUAUAAUAGCCGCACGGGACUUCAGGGGAUCAACAGUCUCACCCCCCAAUCGCAGACCUCCAGGCCCUACAACGAGAGUUCCUUCACCGCCGUCGAGGUGUAUCGACAUAGGCCGCGUGUGGACCGAAGGGGAAAACUGGAAACGGGACAACUGCACGCUAUGCCAGUGCUACGCUGGCAGAGUGAAUUGCUCUAUAAUACCUGAAUGUUUAUCAGCCAGGCCAACACACCACUCUGUUCCUGGAACUCCUACGAGAGGAGUACCUGGCCGGCCCGGUGAUGAUGGGCCGUCAGGACCACCCGGAGCUCCUGGUGUUAAUGGAGUCCCCGGGGCUCCUGGUAUUCCCGGACCUGCUGGACCAAUGCCUGAUGUAAACGCAUAUCUAGCACAAUUAGCGGCUACCGCAGGUGGUGACAAAGGGCCUGCCUUUGAUCCCUAUCAGUACAUGCAGGCUUCUGUGGGUGCACCAGGAAUCAGAGGAAUACCAGGACCCCAAGGCCCGCCCGGCCCGCAAGGUUUUCAAGGACCACGUGGAGAGCCUGGUGAACCAGGACUGUCAGGCCAGCAGGGAUCCCCAGGCGAGAGAGGACCGCCGGGUCUUCCAGGAAAAGAUGGUUCCGCUGGUGAAGAUGGAGAACCAGGUCCAGCAGGUGCGGUAGGCCAGACCGGCCCCAGAGGAGCUCCUGGAGUACCGGGCAUUCAAGGGCUGAAGGGUCAUCGAGGUUUUGAUGGGAAAGAUGGCGCUAAGGGCGAUCAGGGACAACCAGGGGAAAAGGGACCAACUGGACUUCCUGGACCGAUGGGUCCAGCAGGGCCUAUGGGACCAAUCGGCGGUCGUGGUGAGCGAGGACGCGAAGGACCACCUGGCCCGCCUGGGAUGCGCGGUGCUGAUGGUCCUGCAGGUCCGCCGGGGCUUAUGGGAAAUGUCGGAAAAACGGGCGCCCCAGGUUUCCCUGGAUCUCCUGGUAUCAAAGGCGAGCAAGGUCUAGCAGGCCCUAAAGGUAGCCAGGGCUUACAAGGACCAAGAGGAGAAUCUGGUCGCCCAGGACAACCCGGUGAAGUUGGAACUCCAGGUAUACCAGGACGAGAUGGUACACCAGGUGAGAAAGGCGUGCAAGGUCCACAUGGAGCGACGGGACCUCAAGGAUUUCCCGGACCUAGAGGGACUCCAGGUCUUGCUGGAGAUCCUGGUGUGCCUGGAACAAAAGGAAUGCCGGGUCAACCGGGUGAAAGAGGUUCCAAAGGAGAUGCUGGCGUACGAGGCGAGCCUGGUGCUUCCGGCCCUAGAGGUUUACCUGGUAGUAUUGGACCAGAAGGGAAACGAGGAAAGAGGGGCCUUAGAGGUCCAGCUGGAAAUAUUGGACCCCAAGGUGAACGAGGUUUGCAAGGAAUGAGAGGUUUGCCUGGCGCAGAUGGUCCUAUGGGUUCCAAAGGGCAACCUGGAGAAAGAGGCGGUGUUGGCUUGCCUGGACCAAAAGGAAGUGCCGGAGAUCCUGGCAGGUCUGGCCCACAAGGUUUAUCGGGACCUAGAGGUAUCAUUGGUAGACCUGGUAUUCCAGGGAAAACUGGUCCCCAAGGUGAAAGAGGAAUCGCCGGAGCAGAUGGUAGGCCUGGUGAGCAAGGAGCCCAAGGUUUACAAGGACCCCCUGGACUUAUGGGAAGCCCUGGAGAAAGAGGAUUACAAGGCGAAUCAGGAAAAGAUGGUGAACCUGGACAAGCUGGACCACAAGGGCCUAAGGGUGAUGCUGGUAGAGAUGGUGGACCAGGUAUACAAGGACCACAAGGACCCUCUGGUCCAUCUGGAGAAAGAGGUCCUACAGGACCAGCUGGGCCGACAGGAUUUCCGGGAUUACCUGGCACAGCCGGUGUACCAGGACCACCAGGUAAAGAAGGAGAGCCUGGCGUUUCGGGGCCUGUUGGUCCACCAGGUCCCUCAGGACCUCGAGGAGAAAGAGGAUUCCCUGGCGAAAGAGGUGUAUCUGGUCAGCCUGGUGCUUCGGGAGAGAAAGGUGAAGCUGGUGCUCAAGGUCCAGAUGGUUUACCGGGUCCAGAGGGUCUUAGAGGUGCUAAGGGUCAUCCUGGUCCAAUUGGAGCAAUGGGUUUACCUGGACCACGAGGGCAAACAGGAUCUCAUGGUGAAAAAGGAGAAAGAGGUUCAGCUGGUCCUCCAGGAAAUGAUGGCGCUCCAGGACGUCAAGGAGAACAAGGCCCGCAGGGUCCUUUAGGGCCAGCUGGUCCCCCAGGUGAGCCAGCGGAAAGAGGAGAACCUGGUACACCGGGUAUUCCUGGUGAAGCAGGCGCACCUGGCUCGCCAGGUGAACGUGGUCAGCCUGGCCCUCAAGGAGCCCCCGGUCUUCCUGGUCCAACUGGCCUCACAGGAAUGCCAGGCUUAAAAGGUGAAAGAGGUUAUGGUGGACCCAAAGGACAGCAAGGAUCUCCUGGCAGUCCAGGAUUACAAGGAGAACAAGGUUUGCGUGGUUUACCUGGACAGCCUGGAGCAAAAGGAACCAGGGGUGAACAAGGACAUAAAGGAGAAGCUGGUCGCUCUGGCCUUCCCGGGAGACCGGGAGAUAUUGGACCAUCGGGCCCACAAGGAAGUACGGGACCAGCCGGUGCACCAGGAAUACCAGGAGCUAAAGGCGCUAUUGGAGACUCCGGCAGACCCGGGCCACCUGGAGUUGUGGGCCUCACAGGUCCGGCGGGGCCUGAAGGACCUAAAGGCGAGAGAGGCAGUGAAGGUGAACCUGGACUACAAGGAUCUAGUGGACCUCCAGGUCCUUCUGGGGAGAGAGGGCCAAUUGGUUUACCUGGUGUUGUUGGGCCGCCCGGCUCUCAAGGACUUCGCGGUCCACAGGGUGAGACAGGUGCUCCCGGGAAACCUGGUUCAGAUGGUGCCCCAGGACAUGCAGGCAGCCCUGGGUUACAAGGUCCACAAGGACCUAUGGGCGAACCAGGCCCUGAGGGACGACCAGGCAAACAAGGACAAUCAGGACUUCCUGGCCGACCUGGAGAUAAAGGACCUACAGGACAACCAGGACCUUCGGGUCCAUCUGGACUACCAGGAUUACAAGGUCCAGCUGGUCCGGCGGGCCCUCCUGGGCCAGCAGGUGAACGUGGGUCGAGAGGAGAAGUAGGACCUCCUGGUGUAGAUGGCCCACAAGGACCUAUAGGCAAGCAGGGUUUGCCUGGCUUAGACGGAGCAAAAGGAGAACGAGGCGAAGCAGGAACGGAUGGUGCCAAAGGUCAUGCAGGCUUGCCCGGUCUACCAGGCAUGUUAGGAGCACCUGGAAGACAGGGUGAAAGAGGUCUACCUGGAACUAUGGGACCACCAGGAAAGGAUGGUGAACCUGGAUCAAGAGGUGCCCCUGGUCGUGAUGGUAAUCCUGGACCCCAGGGCCCUAUCGGGCCGUCUGGUCCCCGUGGACCUGCUGGUGACACCGGUCGUCAUGGACCUCCCGGACCGGCUGGUCCUCCAGGCCCGCCUGGUCCAGCGGGAGAAGGAUUGGCUUAUGAUGCGGCUGCACUCGCGGCUAUGCUUCAACAAGGUUCAGUCAAAGGUCCAGAUCCAUUAGGCGAUGAUCCUAACUCUAUGCCGGCACGAUUCUUCAAAGAUGAUAUGACACCAGCUGAACGCAAGGAAAUAGUAAUGAAAGCAUAUGAGAGGCUUAAAGUAUCUUUAGAUAAAUUUCUACGCCCGGACGGUACCAAGGAAGCACCAGCAAAAACGUGUGGGGAUAUUAAAUAUCAUCAUCCUGACUUUGAAAGUGGACAAUAUUGGAUUGAUCCCAAUGGCGGAGAUAUUAACGAUGCUAUCCUAGUCCAUUGUGAUAUGGGUACCGGAGGAAGCUGUAUCUUCCCGAAACCUAUGCAGUCUCAAGACAUUGCUUACAAGAGUAAAGAGAAAGAGGCCUGGCUUAGCGAAAUGGAAGAAGGAUUCACGAUCACAUACAAAGCCGAUCAUUCUCAACUUACAUACCUCCAGCUUAUGUCGGCGAGGGCUGUACAGAAUGUGACCUUCCAUUGCUACAACACAGUCGGCUAUUUUGACCCUGCCAUGAACAACUACCGACGGGGCAUUAAAUUGCUGGCAUACAACGAUGCUGAGAUAUUGCCUAAAGCCAAUAACAGAUUAAGAUACAAGGCUCUACUGGAUGAAUGUCAGUACAAGAAAAAGGAAUGGGCGAAAACAAUAGUGCAAUUUGACACGGAUAAAGCUGCUCGUCUACCAUUACUGGAUGUUGGUGUGAGGGACAUCGGCAGGCCGAAUCAGAUGUUUAGGGUCGAACUUGGAUUGGCUUGUUUUAUAUAGAUACGCUUACAUAUCAAUACUUAAUUUUUUAACUUUCGUGUUUAAUGUACCUAUAUUAUUUAUAUUGUUAACCGGGUCUUCACGAAUGUUAUGGUAAAUAAAGGCAUUUACCUCUCGCGACAUUUCGACUAGAGUGCACUAGCCAUACUGAUUAGAGCAACAGCGCUGUUGAGAGAGGUAAAUAUCUUUAUUUACCAUAAAAUCCGUGUUAAAACCCGGUUAACAAUAUACAUAAUAAUACUUUGUAUUUUAAAAUUGAUGUUUAUUGAGUCAAUUAAUGAGGGCUUACGAUUAUUACUAUGGAGUCUUUUGUCAGUUUAGCUCAGAUGAAAUCCGAAUUUAAAUAUCAAUAUUAAAUUAAUUUACUAUACCGCAUCAUAGAGAAGUAGUAAAUUUAAGAAUCAGGUAAAGUAUAUCAUUUGUCAUAUAUUAUUAUUUCAAAGCAAUAUCUACAUAUAUUUUUAUAUACCUGUUUCUCAAAGUAAUAAAUAUGUUAGCGGUUAUGAACCUAUUUUUUACAUAUUAGGUUUAUAUUUAAGUAAUACUUACGCACCUUUGUUACAAAAAUAAUCUUUAGCGUCAUUUGUUUAUAUAAAAUUAUAUGUUUUAUGUGUUGACCCUAGAAUGUGUUCCUUGGUCUGAAUUUAUACGUUAGCACCCACCUAUCGAAAUUUCUUCUCAAGAGAGAUUUCGUUAUACUUUAAACUUUAUGUAAUAAGUCUAAAAUUAUACAAGUUUAACUACAAAGUGUUCUAUAAUAAUUAAGUUAAUACUCAAUCAAAGAAAUGUGAUGUGUUCUAACUUUUUACUCAUAAUUUUACAUUUUUACAAAUACUGAAAUGUCUACAUUUUACAAUGGUAAAGACAUUGAUUACGUAAUUAGAUCUAAUAUUUAGGAUACAAAACUCAUUUACAAACAAGUACAGUAAAUAAACUAAUUAAUUACCAAUUAGGUUUAAUUAGGUAUAUUAUUAAUUAAAGUACGUAAUAAUUUGUAGGCAUAUUUUUUUGUGUAUUUUUUAAUUAUGUUGUAUUUUAAAUUUAAUAAUAAUAUACUUUAAUGAAUGUUGUAUUUAAACAAUAAUCUGACUCAUGCUUUUUAAUAAUAUUUUUUUAUUAUAUUAAUAUAACUCAUAGUUAUCACUCUUUAUCGGUAUGUUUUAUGACUCAUAACUUUUUUUAGUAUUUAGUUAUUUACAUCGUAAUAUUUUAAGAAUGUUUCCUAUUACUUAAUUAUGCAUUUAAUAUAAUUGUAAUUAGUUAAGUAUUUCAAUUAAGUACUUAAUAAAAAAAGGCCGUGCUAGCUUUAUUUAGUCAUAAUUUUUUUAUAAAAUAGUUAUGAAGGCUGAGAUUAUAAUGUGUACAUAAUGUAAAUAUGAUUCUUAUUACAUAUGAAAUAAAAAUAAUUAAGUAUAAGGUUUAUAUUUUACUUUAUAUACAUAGAAAAGUUUUGUCUUUUUUAUAUAAAAAUGCUUUCUAUGUAUCAGUAAUUGAUUCAGACUAAUUGCUUUUAUUUUUAGAAUAUAAAAUAUCAGGUUUUAUUAAGUUAAAUAAACUAUAUUUACUUGCCUAUUCAACUUUUUUUUAUUUUGAUUUUUCUUAUUCACACACUAUUAUAUACACUUGUAUAAAGUCUAUAUAAUAUCAUAGGGACAUCAUUAACUUAUACAGCUAGUUCUAAAAGUUUCUUUGUUUAUCUAGUUGUAAGGUCAACGCCUGUACAAGUGGUAAUAUAUAUCUAACAUUUUUUUUAAAUAUAUACAUUCACAAGAAACACGCUGAUCAAUACAAAUAGUAAUACCAUGAAUACAUAUGUUUGCAUUGUACAUGAACUAAACCGAUACCAUCUAAAGGUGAGUGAGUGAAU